UACAGCCCCUCGCGCACUGGAGUCUCAAAGGCUUGCACACUGUCGGCAAUUGCAAACGUACGGCGGUUGCGGUCGCAGACUUGAUCGGAGCAGCGAGAUGCAAUUCGCUGUAAUAUCACUGGAUACGCAACUAUUUUGUAAUUUGGAGAUAUAUAUUAAUCUUUAUGAAACUUGCCCAUCGUAAAUUAUAUUAAAACUUGAACGUAGCAGAAAAUGUGAAUCAGUUAAGUUAGUUUAAGACAGGUGCUGCAUUGAGAAGAAAUCAUUUUGAUUUUAGAGGUGCAGGAAUAUUUUUGAUUAAAAAACAAACAAAAACAAAAAUGACACGUUAUUUAAAACCAGACACAUGUUCUGACAGUGAUUCAAAUGAGCGGAGACUAACGACUGGCACUAUUCAAGUUUAAAUUUGGCGUGGAACAAGAACAACGUGAAAAUGGAGACCUUUACACUGCCUGAUAUAUUCAGAAAUUCCACUGAUAUUUAUAAACUAUUGUGCGGACUGGGCAUCAAGAAUGAUUCGGACUGCGACAACGGAAUGGACUUUACGCAGGAGCCUAAAGAUUAUUUUUGCUCCCUUCCAGAUAUCAACCAGACUGUCCGGAUCUUCCUCUACGUCCUGAUAUUCCUGCUGAGCAUUCUGGGAAACUCCCUCAUCAUCACCGUGCUGGUCCGGAACGGGCGCAUGCGCACCGUCACCAACCUGUUCCUGCUGUCGCUGGCGGCCAGCGACCUGAUGCUCUGCGUCUUCUGCAUGCCCUUCACCCUCAUUCCCAACCUCAUGAAGGACUUCAUCUUCAGCAGCGGCAUCUGCAAGGGAGCCAUGUACUUUAUGGGUGUCUCGGUCAGCGUGUCCACCUUCAACUUGGUGGCCAUCUCCCUGGAGCGGUACAGCGCCAUCUGCAACCCGCUGACCUCGCGUACCUGGCAGACCAAGUCUCACGCCGCCAAGGUCAUCACCGCCACUUGGGUGGUGUCCUUCAUCCUGAUGCUGCCGUACCCCAUCGCCAGCACCCUGGUGCCCUUCACCCGCUACAACAACAGCACUGGGAACAUGUGCAGGCUGGUCUGGCCCAGUGACAUCAUCCAGCAGUCCUGGUAUGUGUUCCUGUUACUGCUCCUGUUUCUAGUGCCAGGGCUGGUCAUGAUGACAGCAUAUGGUCUUAUUUCACUGGAGCUCUACAAGGGAAUUAAGUUUGAAAUGAACAACAGAAAAUCUAACAGGGAGAGAGGGGCCAGCACCAACGGCCUGAGGCCCGCGGACGGGGACGGCUGCUACCUCCAGCCCUCCAAGCGAAAGGCGGAGCUGCAGCAGCUGCAGGCGCAGCGGUCGCAGCGGCAGGGCAGUGACGCCGGCGGCGGCAGCGUCAGCGCUGGCGGCGGGAGCAGCAAGGCCAAGCUGAGCCGCGUCAGCAGCAACAGCUCGGCCACCAACCUGAUGGCCAAGAAGCGCGUGAUCCGCAUGCUCCUGGUCAUCGUCUGCCUCUUCUUCCUGUGCUGGACGCCCAUCUUCAGCGUCAACGCCUGGCGGGCCUUCCACCGGCGCUCGGCCGACCGGCUGCUCUCCGGCGCGCCCAUCUCCUUCAUCCACCUGCUGUCCUACACCUCCGCCUGCGUCAACCCCAUCAUCUACUGCUUCAUGAACAAGCGCUUCCGCCAGGGCAUGCUGGCCACCUUCGCCUGCUGCUCCCCCCGGGGCGGGGGCGGGGUCCGCAGGGGGGCGGGGCCGCGCGCUCGCCGCGCCAACGGCUGCCUCUGCCGAGGCCCCGGCCCGGAGGAGGACGGCCACACCCACUCGGGCGGCACCCUCACCCGGUUCACCUACAGCAGCACCCGCGGCUCCGCCCAGGCGUAGCCCCUCCUCGUUGUAAACCGCGCCCCCGCCGCCUUGC